UUGUUGGGCAUUUUUGUUGCUGUGUUUUCAUCUGCCGGCGAUUGUGUCUAGUUUGGCGAUUUGAUAAAAUAUUUCUGAUUGUUUCUAUUUCGCAUUAUAAAUAUUUAAUGGUUUUAAAAUGCUGUGAAAUAUAUAAAAUCUUAACUUUAGGCGUCAUGGUUUAGUGUAUUGCCGGGGUUACGUGCCAAAGAGCAUAUACAUAGACACAACAAAAGAUAAGUCUAAAGAAAACCACCAGCAACAAAAAGCGCUUGGUUAGUUUGUGAUAAGUGAGGUGGAGUGUGCGACGUUCAAGCAGCCAGACAAGCUGAAAAAUUAAAUAUUGUAAGACUUUCGAGAGCUACUUGUCAUUCAAGGCCAACUGGUUAAAACAUACAAAGAAAAAACUAAAAUGACCUCGGUGAUCAAGUAUAUGUCGCUACUGACCACCUGCUCGGUGUUUGCAGCUUUAAUCUCCAUCGUUUGGCAAGCAUUUUUGUCACUAAAGCAGCUAAAUAAAAUAACUACAAUACUCACUGGACUCCUGGCUAUAGAAAGUAGUUUAAAAAGACCACUCCAGGCGCCAAAGGUCGCAGUUGGUUACGGUGCUUGCACCGAUUUGCUGCUCCAUGCAACCGAAUUUCUAAACUAUACCAACGAUUUGGUGAAGGGUAUCGGUCCAGAAUUUACAGUGAAUGAGGUGAAUGACAAGCAAGAACUAUUGCAAACGUUUGCCUACUAUUUCCAAAAUGGUGCAGCAGCAGAGCGGAUUAUGCCCAACAGCGAACUUUUUCGGGAACUAAUACAGAUAGCCAAGUCUCGGCAUCGCAAUGGUAUACAAUGGUUUCUUGGCGGCAAUGCGCCUCUAAUGGGUACUCGUUUUCACCUGGAAGGAGCCAAUGUGUUGCUGGGAGCGCGAAUGUCACGGAAAUUGCGUCGACUUGUGCCAGCGGAUAUAAAAAUUGCAGGCGAUGAAAUUCCCGAAGAUGACAUUCAUCUCAUAUUGGAAUAUAAGUCGGGCGACACAUGGGGCCCGUUUAAAGCACCACGUGCCAACCGCUAUAUACUGCACAGCGAUCAAAAUAAUCCCCAUUUGAACUCCGUUGAGCACUUCGACGCAGCUUUACGUAGCUUCCAACCACGUUUGCUAGUCAUUAGUGGUCUACAAAUGAUGGAUAGCUAUAGGUUUAUCCCGGGGGUGCGUGAAGCCCGUCUUCUCAAAGUCCAAGAUCAAAUCACUUCACAAGCACCAACGACAUUGCAACAUUUCGAAAUGGCAAGCUAUGUUGAAAUUGAACUAUUGCAACUUUUGCGUCAAUAUGUGCUACCCUAUGUGGACUCAUUGGGCAUGAACGAGCAAGAGCUGGAAAAUUUGCGUCAAGUACUUACACAUGGGCGCACCACACUUGCAACUGAUUGGAAUCCACGAGUUGCUACCGCACUAGAUCAAAUGCGCUCCGUAUUUCAAAUAUUGGCACAAGAUUACUUCAGAAAUGUUACUGGCUUGUCGCAUAGACGCCUAUUGACGCGCAUACAUGUGCACACUCUAGCCUACCAAGCACUGCUGACCGUACGUGAUUCACGGUGGGAACGAACACAACUAGCUGCGGCCAAAGCAGCGCUUACUGCUCACCGACAUGUUUGCCAAACAGAUAUGAUCAAUCCUGAAGCCGCAUCACUAGUCUUAGAUGACAGUUUUGCUACUACAGCAAAGGACAAGGAUGCUGCUAGGCGCAUACAGUUCAGUCCACAACAACCUGUGCCAUGCUGGAAUGAAACAAUUGCUGUCAAUCAGCAAAAAUCAUUACCCAUCGAAAUCUGUGUAGCACCAGUGUUAGUGUGCCGUGUAGCUAAGAAAACUGCUGGUGCUGGUGAUAAUAUAUCAGCCGCUGCUCUGUCCCAGCAAUUAUAAAUUAAUGAAAAGUAAUGAAUUACAUAUAACGAGUGCCCUCACCAACCGACUGCUGUAACCCAGAGUGACCUUAUAAACAUGAUCAUCCUGUGACCUUUAGAGGGGAGACUAUAUAAAAAAAACAUUCCUUUUAUACUCCUCUAUGCAAACAUUCCUGUAUGGCCAAUUUUGACCUAUUAUAUAAUUGUUCCUUUAUGUUAUUUGAUGUAAACUAAAAAUUCGAAACGCUGCUAUUUCCAAAAACUCCAAAAAGUUGAGUUGCAAUAUAGGCAAUAUUUGAAUUUGCUUACCUACUGUAGACCUUAGUAUAGGCAAGUAUGUACAUAUGUAUGUUAGUUUGUGGUUGGUAAUUGUUUUAGGACUAGUAUAUCGGUUUGAGAUUUUUACUAUUAUUUAGACUAAAUUUUACUCAAAAGACAAAUUUUAUUUAUGGAUAAUAUACAUAUGCACAUACAUAUAUGUAUUUAAAAAAAAAUAAAAUAAAAAAAAAAUCAGUUACGUUAAAUAAUUUACAAGGUUGUAGAUCAAAAUUGAAUAAGGUUUCCACUAAUUUGUACUUAACCCACUUAUCGAAUAUUACUUAUAUAAAGAGCUCAAAGAUUAUUGACCUACCCUGACUCUAAGGACUAUUUAGCUGCGACUACAAUGCUCAACGAUGUUAUCUAAUCAUUCCCUUUUUAGUUAACUGCUUUAUCUAGUAAUAUAAUUUAUAAUAAAUAUGCAUUUGUAAGUCAAAACCUA